AUGUUCGGAUGUACAACUAGAAUUUUAAGAUUUACACAUAAUUUUACACAUUAUAUCUUGAAAAAAAGAGAUACUGUUCCGUUUACUUCACGUUUUACAAAUUUUGACCAGUUAUUGUUUAUAUCUUCAAAAGGGCCGCUUGUGCGCUACUACUCUGGGAAAUCGCAGACCGAUGGAAAGUUUUUUGGUGAUAAGGACGCUAGAACACAUGGAAAUAGAGUUAAGCAUGGUACAAUUCUCCAUAUAAGGAACAAAUUUGCACGAGACAACACAUUUUCGGAAUCAAAAGCCAAUGAUAGCGUAUACUAUGGUUUAUUGUCCUUACCUUUCUUUGUUAUUGCUGUGGCGUUUGCCAUAGUACCGCUAUACGACUACUUUUGCCAGCAGUAUGGCUACUUUGGAUAUGCGAAAAGAGUAAAGACAUACUCUCCUCCACCUGAAGACUUAAGCAUUAAAAAGUUCGAAAUUGACUUUGUAACUUACUCGCAUGUUGGCUGGGAAUUUACACCUGCACAAAAAAAAGUUUUUGUAAGGCCAGGAGAAACUACAUUAGUCUUUUAUACGGCAAAGAACCUACAAAAAGUGCCAAUUAUUGGAAUUGCUGCAUAUCGUGUUCUUCCGGACGAAGCUGGGCUUUAUUUCAAUAAAAUUCAGUGUUUUUGCUUUGACGAGCAAAUGUUGAAUCCGGGUGAGGAAGUUGAUUUGCCCGUACUCUUCUUUUUGGAUCCAAAGAUUUUGGAGGAUCAUCGAUUAGAUGGUGUGGAAAAAAUCACUUUAUCGUACAUAUUUUUUGAGACUGAUUCCGAAAUCCCUCCGGAGUAUAAAACGCUAUUUGAGCGAUCCGGAGAAGAAUCAAAGAAUUCACUAGUAUCGCAUUGAAAGUCUUUGGUUUAUCAAGAUUUUUUUCUGGUUGCUAUCAUUACUAUAAGGUAGAUUAUGAGUGCAAU